AAGUCGCCCACGCGAUACUGUACCAACCAUGAAAUGAUGAGCCGGAGCUUUUGCUUAAAUUAUUGACCUCUCCCCACUGCUGCCCAGUGACUUCGAAAUUUCUGACUUUCAUUUCUUCACACUGCCAAAAUGCCCUUCAAAAUGUGCCCAUCCUUCCCCAAGCUCUUCCAGUCCAAGAGCAGAACUACACCACCAUCUCCCAUUCAGCCAACUGCUGAAACCCCCUCUCAGGCUCAAGCUCAAGUUCAGUCUCCACAAUCCAUCCCCCAAGUUAUCCACCACGAAGUCCCCAACGACCCUCCCCCACCAUACACACCCCGAGCUCCUGCCACCACCGAACCCACCGAACCUGUCGAGCCGAUCGAAACCUCCGAAGCACUAGAAGCACGCAGAGCACGACAAAGAUGGGAAGAAUAUGCUUCCGAACGGUACAUCCAAGAGAACACCAAGAGAUGUCCAAAAUGCCACUGGGCCGUUGCAAAAGAAGAGGGAUGUCACCACAUGAUUUGUCGUUGCAACCACUCCUUCUGCUGGCUCUGCCUCGCCACCUGGGAACAAUCCGUCUACCAAGACUUCCACUUCCAAACCUGCGCCUUGUAUCCUCGCGACCAAGCGCAGCAGGUCUUUCGGUUCACUGGGAGAUUGUUUCCUGAGUUCGCUACUCCUGCUUCUGCUGUUUACCAGGAUCAGAUUGAGAUUCGAAGUCGGAGAGAAAUUGAGAUGGGUAGGAGGGAGAGGAGGGAGAGGGCUGCUGAGAGGAGGAGGAUGAGGGCGGAGAGGGAGAGGGGAGAGGGGAUUGAGAGGGAGACAGUGGCUGCUGCCGAUUCUUCUCUUCGAUCUUAA